AUGUGUUUGCCUACCUCUAUGGGUUCAAUUUUCCAUAUGAAGCAUCUUUUUGGCCACAUGGUUCUAGACCAGAUGUGCUUCUGUUUUAGGAGUCUCAUCGUAUCAUCCUUUGGCCAUGUUUCGUUUAUUUAUCCUUCCCUUGGUUUGAACAUUAAUCUCUCUGGAAAGUCUCCAAACAUUGCUGUCUUCACAUUAUAUAUCAGUGCCCGCAAUAAUAAGUCCAGGAUUGGAUGCAUGAGAGUCCGGAUCCUUCCACUCCACUUGUCUCCUUUCUUUCUUAGGAAGUAUGAUGCAUCUGUACCUCGGAAAUCCAGCACUGACUCUCCAGCAAAUUAA